GUGGAAGACAAAGGAAUGAAUGAGGAGACUGGGCAGGUUGGCCGAAAGUAAAGGGAAAGUAUGUAAGAAAGAAAAAGAAUUAAGGAAAAGUAAAGGAAGAAAUGGUGGCGGGACCCAGUAAAUAUAUUGUCUAGCCUGAUGGUGAGCAGUAGUGAGAUAUUGUGUCCGUGAAUUUGCCUUUAUAUAUUAAUAUCUGUUUUGUGACUUCGGUGAGGAAACAGAGAGGGAAAGUCAGAAAAUUAGAGAAGUACUGUAUAGAGAGGAGUCCAAGAGAAGACAGAGAGGGUUGAGAGUUUGAAGCUUGGAUGGUCCAGUGAGGAAAUUAUUUUUUGGUGUAGGUUUCUCAACAUCUUGAAUGGUUUGGGGGUGAUUUUACUUCAAAUAAUUUUAAUUAAAUGUUUUGAUUUAAAUGCAUAUGUGUUUUAUUUAUAUAUUCACAUGAACGUGUAUAAUUUGUGAAGCCUGUUUGUUAAACUUUCAUGAAAUUUUUGUCAUGAUUUUUCUUACUAGACUUUUUGUCUCACUACCCUCGGGUUUCAGGUACCAAAAUGAACGUGAAUUGCUAGUUUCAGAUGUUGUAGGCGGAAGAGUUUGUGUUACGGAUUUAUUUUAUUUAUUUAGAGAUUUUUUUAUAUAUAUUUGAGGAACUGAUUUUUAUAUAAAUCAAGGGUAUUGUCUUUAUGAUCCUGGGAGAUAUUGAUGUAUUUGUGAUUUGAUGAGAUGAAAACUGCUAAUAUUACCUGCAACUCAUCUUCAAAGAGUGAGCAACAGGGGAGGGCACCUGAAUUGGAACGAUUGAGGCUCCUUGAUAAUAUACUAAGCAGUCAGCUUCUAGUAUGUCAUGACAACAAACCUGUUGCUUGGCUCCUUUCUGAAAGUGCUUCUGGACUAUUACUCGAAGUCCUUGCAGAUGAUGAAAAGAGGGAUGUAUCUGCUGCCAAAUAUGGGUGUGCGGAUGAUGUUAUUAAGGAGGAGGUUGCAUCUCCUAACCUCGUCGAGAUCAGAGAUAGUGCUGGUGAUAGCCACUUAAACUUGGACUUGAGCAUGCCGGAAGAUAAAAAUGUAAAUGUAGCCCCGGCUUCAACUUCAUCAGCAGGUGUUUCAGUACCCAACACCAGUCUCACGCUAGCCCUUCCUCCACCUCGAGAGGAGAACAUUGGGCCUGACAAAUUAGUGCAGUGGCGCAGUUAUCAAUGUAGCUUCCAAAGCAUUCCAUAUCUUGAUGACAUAUUUCACAAACACCCCAAGACUUUUGAAGCUUUUAGAGUGAAAAGUGCACAUUUUCAAGGGAUAUUCUUGGAUGCCCUCGCAAGUCUUAUCAAAUCUUUGGCAGGAAAAAGGAUUAGCCAAAUUACAACCAACGAUAUCAAUGUUGCUAGAGAUCUAAUGAUGGAUUGGAAAUCCAUGGCGGGGUUGGAUCUAUCAUGGCUCGAGCAGAGGUACGCAGAUGCCAAUGCUAGACUUGCAGUCCAUGGACUUAACCAAGAAUCUGCACAGAUUUUGUUAGAAUUGCAACAUACUGAUAAAUAUGUUAUGGAUCUCCGUCGUGAUUUGGCGGUAGAGGAGGCAAAAGCUGCUUCUCUUAGAGCAAGGUGCGAAGAGUUGGCUGAGAAUAUCUCUUCUCAGCAAGCUCUUGUUGAUCCAACUCUUAGUUUUGAAGAUGAAAUUUUGAAAGACUUAUUGACUGAACAUUCACACCCGGAAAACUUCAACUCUACCCUAAGCAACUAGUUUUUUGAUAUGACAUCGCAUAUCUCUUCAACUUUUAGGCCCCUUUUGGCCUUUCCUGGGACUUGCAGCCCAUUCGUUUUUGUGUGUUUCGAUGGCAUAUAAGCAAUGUUAAUGUAUGAUAGAAAUGGCUUGGAAACUUAGAAGCAGUGUAGCUAGCUCACUCACAGCUCUUUUGUAAUGUAUUUUGUGUGUGUAUAAACAACUUGUGAUGUGUUCCAUGAAUCCAGUUUCUUGAUCCAACAACUGAGAACACCCCAUGAUAACUUUUUGCUUUCUAUGAUCUAGCUAAACUGAUUUAGGUUGAGUUUGCAUCAACUUGUUUGGUUGAGUGUUUCUUUUGCAUACCUGCAAAGUGGUAAAAUAGAUUACAAAUUUAUUUGAAGGGAAUCAUAUAUAACACAACUAGGAUUGAAGGAAAUAAUCCUUUAGUUGUUAUAGGAGAUUAUAAUGGAAUGCUCAACACUAAUUUGACACUAGUUCCUGCGAACUAAAAGAGUUUUUUAUAUACUUGCUUCAUGUCGGAUCCUCAAACCAAUUCCGCAUCUCUCAAUCUAUUCUUGAGCCUCUAACUAAAAUAGAAAUUUAAUCACAAGAAAAAUCUGGCACAUAAUUUCCAAGUGUAGGCUCAUGCUGAAAGAUGUAUAUCACAAGCAUUUUAUAACAAUCCUAAAGGAUUAGUGUUCUGAGCAAAUCUAGAGAAUGAUCUCAAUCAAAUGGCUUCAAGCUAACUGGGGCAGCUUGGAAAUGAUAGCUGCUGAUCUGCCUGUGCUGUUUGCGAGUUGAAAGGUGCUCCUCUUCCAAUCGAUAAUAGAAGAUUGAAAGUUCAAGGGUUGCUCCUAGUUCUUCAAAGGCACCUAAAGAUUGUGUGACUCCUCUAAGGCACCCAAAGAUUAUUUGUUGUCAAAGUUCAUUAUGUUGGUGGACAAAGCCAGAGCAACUUUGCCGGUGUUCAUGUACUAUGAUCACAUCCAUGGAACUGGCAAGGGCUACAGAUAUCAAAAGAGGCUCCUUUGGCAGUUGAAAGAUGAAUCAAAGAGAAAUGGACAGCAAAAUGGAGGCUCAUACAUCUCUACUACAGUUAUUAAAUAUGAGUAGCUGAGGAGCUUCUGGACUUUGGACUGACAAUUGUUUCUUCUGGUAAGAGGACGGUCACCAAUAGGCACUAGCCUAUGGUAUAAGCUCUCCUCCCCAAAGAAGAGGUCGUGUGUUCAAGCUCCGGGGAAAAAUAUAGUGCGUGUGUGUGCAGAAGGGGAAAAAAAAAGAUGUAAUAAGACGGAAAUUAGACUUCUUAUAAACUGUAUAAAAGCAUCUGUGGAUGGGGGUGACAAUGCACAAUCCUUUAACAAAACCUAGUUCAGAAAAUAGGAGGGAUAUCACACUGCUUGAUCCCUCAUUCUCACAAAGCAAAACAACUGGCACAUCCUAUCUGCAGUGAGAAAGCAGAAACAGAAAUUAGAAAAUUGCGUCAAACUUCCUGCUUCAAAGCACGGCCACUGCCUGACUUUUACGAGGACAAGGAAACACCAAAGAAUCAGAUAAAGAAGAAACUUCAAGAGAAAUUCAAUACGAAGGAGGCACAAAAAGUGCAGAUGCAAAAAAAUUUCAAGGAGUAUGCAGAAACAGAAAUUAGAAAAUUGCGUCAAACCUUGCUACAAAGUGCGGCCGCUGCCUUGACUUUUACAAGGACAAGGAAACACCAAAGAAUCAGAUAAAGAAGAUAGCUCUAUCCAUCCAGUAACCUCAAAUAGUUGUCUCCUCUGCUUAAGUUACACUAUUCAACAAGUAUAGUGUCUUCAACAAUAAUGGAGAUCCAGAUAAAAUUUGCAAUAUAGUCUCACAUCAGAUUUUCUUAUCCAUUUGGAUGUGCUCCAAAUAUCAGCACCAAGUGUUUAGCUUCAUACAAAAUUGUUCUUUUUCAAUUCCCCACUUCCAUUAGGGUACUCUAGUGUUGACCAGAAGCUUGAGCUAUUAGAGAGGGUGUAACUUAAAAAUCUAUAUCCUCCAACAUCUAGGUGCCAAUUCUGUUCUCAGUUGAUAAUUUCCCUGUAUAAAGUCAAUAAAUCCGUUUAUAUACCCUCACAUUUCUGGCACGCAAAAUUCAUAUCUGAAACUUACGUUAUCCUAGUGGCGGUCAGAAUUAUCAUUGAUGGUUUUUUUAUGUUAUUUCCUUCUUCUCGCAGAAUCCAUUGUCACAGCCUCAGUCACCCAAGCUAGGAAGAAAACCAAGUUCCAGCACAAUGCAAAGCUCUCUGGCUUGCCAGACUUCUUCGUCCAAUACCAGAGGCUCCAAGAAUGCCAUGAAAAAGAAUAGUCGAAUCCCAACUCAUUCUCUCAUGUCUACUUCACAGCCUAAAAUGAUUGUUUAUGAGAGCACAUCCCCAGAUGUUCAGCAUUGAUCAACAAAAACAAGUGGUAUUGCAUUUCAGACUACAUCUGAAAAUUGUCAGCGCUGAAAGCUAAAAGCUACUAUGACGAGUAAACAAUGUGCAGGCUGAACUCCAUUUAGUAGAAUUCCCUCGAGAAAAUCAGAGUGAAGUCAUUGUUCACUACAAAAAAAUUGGUAUAUGGUGGCAAAAUUUUAGCAGCACUUACUAAAAACUUCUGUUAAUAAAAUAUUUCUUACAGCACUUUUUAAUAAUUGCUGCAUGACUGCCGUAGCAUCACCUUUUUACUCUCUGCAAAAUUUUAUUUUUUUUCAUUUUGCUCACAAAUUCUGAACAACUCACUCUCGCUCCAUUCUCAAAAUCAAUGAUUCUCUCACUCCAUUCACAAAUUCUGAACUUUUCUCUCACUCCGUUCACAAAUUCUGAACUCCUCACUCUCUCCCCAUUCUCAAAAUCAGCAAUUCUCCCAUUCCAUUUACAAAUUCUAAACUCCUCACUCUUGCUCCUUAAACUCUAUUCGCCAAACCUUUCGUUUCAAUGAUGCAAACCUUUCAUUUACAUUUCAGAGAGAAAUCGAAACCCUAGCUUCAUACUGAAGUAGUAAGGAGUAGCCGCUCUCGAGCUUUGAUCAGAUAUAUGACGAUUUCAAGAUCGGAAUCACGCAGAUCCAGUUGCUGCAAUCGAACUUUAAUGCCGAAACUAAGAAGUUCGAAGUGGUUGAGUUCACUGCUAACCGCCUCAAGUCAGGGGCAUAAGUGAAGUUUUUUUGUUAUGCCUAAAAAAGCCCGAUGUCAAAGUAGCCCCGGAUUUAUUGUAAGGACCACAUUCAAAAGUAAGGGGCAUUGACUUGGGACCUCAAAAUUGGGAAGUGAUGCUGUGCCAAUCAUGCAAGAAGAACCAGUACAUUUAGCUUCUACACAUUUCAAAACUAUUGAAGAUAUAGCUAGAGCUAGUGUUUCUUGGCCUUCUGCUUAUAGGGGCUGAACCCAAAACCAAUUGCAGAUUGCUACAAAAGUGGACUUGAUUUUUGGUUGAUUUUGCAUGCUCAACUGUAAGCGCAUUGCAUCGUGGUCCUGGAGAAGUUUUUGUGCAGCAAAGCCUCUUUUAUCUAGAGGUUUAAGAUGGAGGAUUGGGAGUGGAAAUAAUAUUAGAAUUUGGGAUGAUAAUUGGCUACCUUCUUCAUCUGGUCAGCAGGUCACUUCUAGAAGGACUGAUUUUUUAAUCUGCGAACGGUUGCUGAUCUUAUAGAUCAAUCUGCACAUUCAUGGAGAAUCGCUUUGAUGAAGAAGCAAUAUAAUUUUAGGGAUCGUCAGCUUAUUUUAAAAAUUCCUGUGAGUCUUUUUCCUACUGAAGAUUGUAAAACAUGAGGACCAACGUCAAAUGGUCAUUUUUCAAUAAAGUCUGCAUACCAAUUGGCCACGACUUUGAUGCAUUCAACUACUAAAAAGGUUGUUCAGGGUGGUUGUAGUUAUGUUGCAGAGAGGAAUUCCUUUGUGGAAGGAUAUCUGGAAGAUAACAGUCCCAAGAAAGGUGAUUUUUUUUCUAUGGCAGUGUUGCCAUGAUAAAUUGCCAGUCUUUGCAAAUCCGAAGGUGAGAGGUUUGGUUGAUGUUGAGGUUUGUAAAGUUUGUGGUCAGGCUGAAGAAACUACUGCUCAUGUGGUGUUUGAAUUUCGUAUUGCUCAGUUUGUAUGGAGACUUAGUCCUUUGAAAUUGGUUGUUGAUGCUCCUGGUUUCUGUUGGUUUCAAAAAUGGAAGUGGCUGUUGGAUCAAUGGGUAGGAAUGACUGAAGCUCCUAAUUUAAUUGCUCUGGCUUCUUUUUUAAGUUGGCAAAUUUGGAAAUCCCAAAACGGCUUGGUUUUUAAUGGAGUUCUUUGUGAUCCGGUUCAGAUUAUUAAUAAAGCUCAGUUCUUCUUCCACAAGUUCUCUGAAGUGCUGAGGCAAUUGAAGUUAGAGAAACUUCCUCAGGUCUCUGCUCUGGUUGUAUCUCAGCAGUGGAGUGCUCCAAUGGAAGGUCGGUUUAAAAUGAAUAUUGAUGCUGCUUAUCAUUGUCAGUCCCUUGAGUGGUGGAGGCAUGAUUUUGUGAGAUCAUUGGGGCAGGUUGAUUGGAGUUGCUACAGUCUUUUAUGAGGAAGUGUUUAGUGCCUGCUACUGCAGAGACUCUGGUGCUGCAAGAGUGUCUUCUUCUCCUCCUAAAAUGGGGUUAUAGAGAUGUUGAUGUCGAAUGGAAUAACCAGUCAGUGAUGGGUUUACAAGCAGUGGAUGCUGCAACUGAAACUCUAGUUGUGGAUAUGUCAGGUUUGGUCUCUUCAGUUAUAGGCUGCAUACUUGUUUGGGCUUCUAGAUCCUCAAGUGGCAUAGCUCAUAAACUGGGCAAAUUUGCUUUGCAAGAGAGAGUUGGGAAUCUUCACUGGGAUGAGAGUGGCCAUCAUGGCUUAUUUCUCUUGCUUUCAGGUUUUUUUUUUUUUUUUUGGGGGGUGAAUUUAAUUGUUGCAUGUUGUUUUUGAGUAUUGGGUUAACAUUUUGAAGAAGUUUAUUGCCUUCACUUGGAGCUCGCCUCAACCACCAGACCCAGUCCCUAUAUUUGAAGAUGACAUUUCACUGAAAACUCCGGAAAAGCCCCCAUAUUUAGCCCGAGGGUGUUUAAGCCAUUUUGCAGUAGCCAGGACCACCACCACUGCUACAACAGCUCAAAAGGGAUAUCAGCAACGUAGCUCUGUGGCUGCAAAGCCUCAGAAGCAUGCCACAAGCUGCGGCAAAAGGCAACCUCCAUUGAUCAGCCCAAGGCCACCCAACUUGAAGCGCACGAGAAUGGUAUUUGUUAAUCAUUUGUGUUUGUUUAUAAUCCUCACUCUACUUCCUGCUUAUAGCUCUCCAAAACUAGUUUAACCUUUUCACCAUCUUUGUCUGCUAAUCAUUUGUGUUUUUUUAUAACUACUUGCUCUACUUCCUGCUUGUAGCUCUCCAAAACCAAUUCUGAGGUUGGCUCUACUGAUGAAGCUCCUGUCUCUCCACCUGUUUCUCCUAGCCGUAGUGAAGUCGACGAGUCUACCAACACUGCUAAUACCACCAAGAAGUGGGCAAUUGAAUCGCAGCAGGCUCCUAGAUCUAUCAGUAGGUACUUCAGCAGUAACCAACACCACUCUGGCACUGCCCCUUCCUCCACCUCUAGAGGAGAACAUGGGCCGUGAUGAAUUAGUGCAGUGGCGUGGUUAUAAAUGCAGUGGCCGAAGCAUUCCAUAUCUUGAUCGCAUAUUUCACAUGCACCCCAAGACUUUUGAUGGUUUUAGAGUGGAAAGUGCAUGUUUUCAGGGGAUGUUCUUGGACGCCCUUGCGCAUCUCAUCAAAUCUUUGGCAGGUAAAAGAAUUAGCCAAAUUACUACUGAUGAUAUCAAUGUGGCUAGAGGUCUAAUGAUGGAUUGGAAAUCCUUGGCCGGGUUGGAUCUGUCAUGGCUCGAGCAAAGGUUCGCAGAUACUACAGCUAGACUUGAGGUCCAUGGACUUAAUCAAGAAUCAGCACGAAUUUCAUCAAGAUUGCAACGGGUGGAGGCAAAAGCUGCUUCUCUUAUUAGAGCCAAGUGUGACAAGUUGGCCAAAAAAAUCUCUUCUCAGCAAACCCUUAUUGACCCUGCUCUUCGUUCUGAAGAUGAAGUUUUGAAAGACUUGUUCACUGAUAUUUAGUGUGACCUUAGCUUCUGAGUCCUUUUGGCCUUUCCCGGGACUUGCAGCCCUCUCUUAUUUGAUGAGCCUUUGAGGGCUAAAAGGGCAAUGAAUGGUGAUAGAAUGUGUCUCAACAGUAUACAAGUAUGUUAUGAUGGACAUGGCUGAGAAACUUAGAAGCAAUGUAGCUAGCUCACUUGCAGCUCUUUCUUUUGUAAUGUGUUUCGUUUGUGUAUAAACAACUUGCGAUGUGUUCCAUGAAUCAAAUGUCUUAAUCCAA